AGCAACUAGAUUAAAAACCCUAGACCCCUCCUCCUCAAUUUUCCUCUCCAAACCCUAGCUUCCCCUUCAGUACCCCUCUUCUACCCCCCCUCUCACUACCCUCGGUUGAGACGCCGUAGAUCAGCCAAAAUGAAGCGCAAGAGCGCAGAGAUCGGGAGCGAGUCGGAGAUCUCGAGGGCUCGAGCUCAGCGGAAAAAGAACUCAGAUCCAGCCGAAGAAGAACUCAAAAUCUCGAAGAAAUCGAGAAAUCUGAGGAAGAAUCAGCCCGAUCUAGUGGCUCUUGAUGUUUCUGAUGCAGUUGAAGAAGAAAUUGAAGAUUUGGAGGAAGGGGAAGAGGAGGAGGGGGUCGAGCAAGUGGAAGCUGAGAAGAUGAGUGCUGAAAUCGCUCCGAAGAAGAGGAUAUGCGUCAGUAUGAAGAAAGAUGGCGAUGAUGACUGCUGCUUCGUUGGUGAGCCGGUUGACACGGAGGAAGCUCGGAGACGAUGGCUACAUCGGUAUUCGAAUGCAGGGAAACAAGACACAAUGAUGAAAAUAGGGGUUGAUUAUGAUGUGAUAAAAGCAAAAUGUCAUUACCUUAAAGCAAAAGUUGAUGGCCAUGUUUAUGACCUUUAUGACAAUGCUUACGUAAAAGCUGGAGAAGGGGAAGAUGAUUAUAUCGGUCGCAUCAUAGAGUUCUUCAAAGCUCAUGAUAAUCAAUUAUAUUUCACUUGUCAGUGGUUUUUUCGCACUAAAGACACUGUAAGUAUCAUAUAUUUUUAUUUGACUGUUAUAAAGUGUUUGGAUUCUUAUAUGAUUUAUGAUGCUUUUAAGGUUAUUCAAAAGCAAACACUUUCUCAUGAUGUUCAACGAGUAUUUCUAUCAACGGAGACAGAUGACAAUAUUCUGGAUUGCAUUGUAUCGAAGGUUCAGAUAGUUCAGAUUGAUUAUUCAUCUAAGAGUGAGAGCAAGCCUCCAUGUGACUUGUAUUAUGAUAUGUCAUACUCACCUAAAUUUUCUACAUUUGCGAAUCUUUCUUUAGAAGAAGGGAAGGGUGGAAUUGAGACACCAUCAUCACUCUCUUCAGAGAGUGACACUGAUCUGUCAAAGAACAGAGCAGAACCUGAUUCUGAAGUUUCAUUGCUUGAUUUGUACUCUGGUUGUGGUGCAAUGUCGACAGGAUUGUGUCAUGGGGCACAGCUAUCAGGCCUUAAUCUUCAAACUCGUUGGGCUGUUGAUUUAAAUCCUUUUGCAUGCGAGAGUUUGAAGCUAAACCACCCAAACACUGAGGUUCGGAAUGAGAUGGCCGAGGAUUUCCUAUCUCUCUUACAUGAGUGGUAUAAACUAUGUCAAAGCGUUGAUGUUUUUGACGAAAACUCUCCUAAUAAAGAUGGUGUUAAGUCAGAUGAUGAGGAUGAAGAGUCUGAAGGUUCACUAUCUCCCGGUGAGUUUGAAGUUGGGAAAAUAGUGGGGAUAUGUUACGGAAAAACUGAAAACCUGGAGGAGGUGGGACUGAAGUUUAAGGUCCGAUGGAAGGGCUAUGGUCCUGAGGACGAUACAUGGGAGCCUGCUUCGGGUUUGAGUGAUUGUCAAGAGAGAAUCCAUGAGUUUGUUCGGACUGGAUAUAAAAAUAAUAUCUUACCCUUGCCUGGUAGGGUAGAUGUCAUCUGUGGAGGCCCACCUUGUCAGGGAGUUAGCGGAUUUAAUAGGUUUAGGAAUGUGAAAGCUCCGCUUGAAGAUCCUAAAAAUUAUCAGCUUACAGUUUUUAUGCAAAUUGUGGCUUUCUUGAAACCAAAGUAUGUUCUCAUGGAGAAUGUCGUUGACAUUUUGAAGUUUGCUGAUGGAUACCUGGGUCGAUAUGCGCUAAGCCAAUUGCUUGCCAUGGAUUACCAAACAAGAUUGGGGAUUAUGGCUGCUGGGUCUUUUGGCCUUCCCCAAUUCAGAUUGAGAGCAUUUCUAUGGGGGGCUCUUCGAACCAAUAAAUUGCCCCAGUUUCCCUUGGCUACCCACCAAGUCGUCGCACGUGGUGUCAUUCCAACUGAAUUUGAGUUAAGUGUCGUUCCCUUUAAGGAGACUCAAGAUUAUCACAUGGAGAAAGCUUUGUUCCUUGAAGAUGCCAUAUCUGAUCUGCCUAAAGUUGCUAAUGAUGAAGAAAGAGAUGAAAUGGAGUAUGGGAAACCUCCGAAAACAAACUUCCAACGAUUCAUUCGUCGGGCUCGAGAGGGUGAGAAAUCAUGUGAAAAACUUUUUGACCAUAGGCCUCUGAAACUGAAACCAGAUGAUUAUCUUCGUGUUUGUCAAAUUCCAAAAAUGAAGGCUGCAAACUUUAGGAACUUACCUGGAGUUAAAGUUGGACCUGAUAACAAAACCACUGGUAGUAUAUACUUUGAAUUUUUCUCUUGUUUCUUAUUAUUUUGCAUAAUCUUAGCAGUUUUUAUGAUCCAGGUGCCAGACUAUGCCCUGUCCUUUGUGAAGGGAAAAUCCUCAAAGCCUUUCGGACGCUUGUGGUGGGAUGAAACAAUUGCAACUGUUGUCACAAGAGCAGAGCCUCAUAACCAGGCGGUGUUGCACCCUGUGCAAGAUCGUGUGUUGACUGUCAGGGAGAAUGCAAGAUUUCAAGGCUUUCCAGAUCACUAUAAGCUUUGUGGCCCCAUAAAAGAAAGGUAUAUACAAGUUGGGAAUGCAGUUGCAGUACCCGUCGCUAGAGCGCUGGGGUACGCGUUGGGUCUAGCUUAUCAAGGAAAGGCUAGCGAGCAACCUACCUUUGCUCUUCCUCCUAAAUUUCCAGAUAUAGAGUUCCCAGAUCGAGAAGUUGAAACCAUUGAAAGUGGUUUAUGAUUGUGGGGUUUAUAUGAUGUUUAGGAUGGAGAUAUUAUUUGCAAUGUGCACCGUUACUGUUAUCCAUUGACAAUUUCGAUCUCAAUCAUGCGUUCUGCAUUCUUUCAGAGAAGUAACAUUUGUCGAAAGCAGUCCUGUCAGGAUAAUGAAGCCCCUCGAUGGGUCCUAGUGUUUAUAAGAUCAUAUUUGUUAAGUUAUAAAAAUUGAAUGAUUUUACUUUAUGAAAUUGCGAUAUUUUUCUAAGUAAAUUUAUGUUGUUUGAAAAUAA